CUCUCUCUCUCUCUCUCUCUCUCUCUCUCGCCAGAAUACAGAGGCGCUUUUCAGAGUAUCAGACCAGCUCGGUGGAAACCAUGUCUUUGAACACUAUGAAGAAGAGAUUAUUUAAAUAAACGUUAAAAAGCCCCCUGACUGGAACACGUCUGUUUGAAGUUCACUCCAUUAUACUCAAGUGAAACACGCGAGGAUGCGCGCGGCAGUCGGAAUCCUUUGUGCUUUGAUUUCCCUGGUCUCGUUCAGCCAUGGCGCGAGAGUUGUGAGUGGUCAGACAGUGUGUCAGGGGAGUGCUGAGGAGCCGUGCUAUAAGAUUGCUUACUUCAGGGACGUUUCGAGUCGUGUUGCAUUCUGGGAAGCUCAGGAUGCGUGUGAGAUGGACGGCGGUUCAUUGCUGAGCAUUGAGAACACAGCAGAGCAGAAGCACAUCGAACAUCUUCUGCGGGAACUCAGCAUCUCCACUUCCACCGGUGCUUCCAGCGGGUCGGGCAUCACAGACGGGGACUUCUGGAUCGGGUUGACACGUGUGGAGGGCGACACCGCACAGGAACCUAGCAGCUUUGUCUCGUGUCCCAAUCUGUACAGGUGGACAGAUGGAGGUUUCUCACAGUUUAGAAACUGGUAUGCUGAUGAACCAUCCUGUGGAGGAGAAGCUUGUGUGGUCAUGUAUCACCAGCCUGCAGCUCUCGCUGGGCCUGAUGGGCCGUAUCUUUACCAGUGGAAUGAUGACAGGUGCAAUAUGAAGCAUAAUUUCAUCUGCAAGUAUGAACCAGAAAGUUACCUGGUAAAAGUGCAGAACGACACGCCUGAAGGGCCUGAUGUUGAAGAACAAGAGGAGAGGAGAACAUCUCCUGUCGAUCAGGAUGAGAACCCCCGAUUCAUAAUGCCAGGGCACUCAAGUAUGUUGCUAAUCUAUGUGAUGAUCCCUACCAUCCCUCUCCUCUUGCUGAUUCUGGUGGCUUCGGGAACGUGCUGUUUCCAGAUGUUGAGCAAGAGUAAACCACGGACCACAACGCACGUUAACCAAUCAACUCUCUGGAUCUCCAAGACGCCAAAGAUAGACAGUGGCAUGGAGGUUUAAAGAAUCAAACAGCUCCCUUUUUCUGGCUUUGCCAUCUAUGUCGCUUGAUCAGCAACAUGUUUGCCUGCUGGUUAGUUUAGUGUGUGAUUUAUUAAUACUAGCUAAAAUGUGUAGCACCGGCAGAGCAGUUACACACAUAUUGCAUUUCUGUACAAACACAGUGAGCAAUUAAAUUACUGUAAUUAAAGCAAGUACAAGUGGGAACCACAUAAAAAGAGGAAAAAAGAGUUCCUUUUGACAGUGAAUAGGGUCACAUGAACUGAAGCUAGUGACACAGUAAAGAAAUUAAACACUUAAAGAGCAUAAACAGAUGGCCUCAAAAAAUGUAUGCCUCAUUCAAUAAAUGAGAGGCUUAUUUAAUCUCAAAGAUUUCUCAUGCAUUGCCAAUGAUGGUUCACUAUUGAUUAUUUAGUAGCAUAUAGGAUUUCUUUUGAAACAUAUGCGAUCGUUCUUUAAAUGACCAGAAUCAUUGGCUAAUAUAAUGGCUGUUUUGUUCUGUAGCUUAUGAGGAUGUUGUCAUAAAGAAAAAAGAAGAAUUUGUAAAAAAUGUACAUAUUUUUUGUAUGAUGUGACUGUGAAGCUGCUUUAAGCUGCCACUGUUACAUAUGCAGUUUUUUGCGUGUGAAUAUUUGAUCUCCUUUUAAAGUACUCCUUAUAGAAAACAUCAAUGCUAAAAAGUAUUAAACUGGUUUGCAUCAUAUUGUAUCAGAUACCAAAAUUUGUCAGACGUCUUGUUCUACAGGAAGUUGUGUUUCUGUGAGAAUGGGUGAUAUUGUGCGUUUGAAUUUAAAAUGUGUUGUUAAUACUUUUUUAUAUUUUUGCGACAGGAAUUAGACGUGUACAAAUGGAUUCGAUUUAAUUGUGAAGAUGUUUUGGUAUGUUUUUAUGGCUCUAUAAUCAUGCCAUUUCUUUGUAAAUAAUAAUAAUAAUAAUCAAUGCUUAAUCACAAGCAAAAACAAGAACUGAAAUCUUUUGAGUUAAUUGGAUUUAUUUUGAAAUCUGUUUUGUGAUUCAUCACGGACCAAAAUGUAGGUUCUUAUCAAUAAACAACUCUUAAUGUGAUUAACAGAUA